CCAACCACCCACCCGCCCCCACCCAAAAAUGAAAAGUCUUUCAUUCAACUCUUGUUUAGCUACUAAUCCUCUCAUAUCUCUGCAAGAAAUGGUUUAUGCAGGUAUGCAAACAAUAAACCUAUUCCUGUAUGUUGAAGAUAAAAAGUUCCCCAUUUUCGAUGAAGGAGAGCAACGGAUGAACAUGUUAAGGCUGGAAGACGCCCCGCGGAUGAACAUGUUAAGACAUGUUCAGAUCGCGGUGCGUCUCCUUAUAAGUCAUAGUCCUUUUCCUGCUGCCAUGGAGAGGCUGCCUCUACUCGGUCAGCUUGGGUCAUCGAAUGUUUCGGUGUUCAAUCUUUUGGGUGCGAGAGAGGAGAUCGGUGAAACGACAAUCAUACACGGUCGACAAGAUCCGUAUGUUGAGAGUAGAAGCUGUGGCGAUGAAGCUGCCCGGAGAUCUCACAAGUAUGGAUCUAUUCCGUUUCAGGCUAUACCUCUUUUGCUAAAGAGCAACAUAUCAAACAUGGAAAGACGCCUCAACUUAGGCAAAAUGGAGCUACAAAUCUUUCACGGGAGCCCUCUGAACAUUACUACUUGGUAUUCGAAAAUUAACAUGAGGGCGAUGCUGCCUCCGCUCGUGAUGGCAUUGCUUGCAGUCCAUAGCAUUGUCAACCCACCCGGCGGCAAGUGGCAUGAUGAUACGCCAUUUCACAAGGCAGGUGAUGCUAUGAUCGCAUCUACUCGCCCAAAUCUAUACGGAUAUUUGGUGCUUAUUAACAUGGUAGCAUUCAGUUCUUCUCUCCUGGCAAUCCUCCUCAAUGCCACUGGAUGGCCAUCCAGAAAUAUUCGUCUAAGGUGGAUUGCCAAGUGUGCUAUGGGGGUGUCGUUGAUAGCUAUCGCAGUGAGUUAUGUAGGAUCGACAAUGGCGAUUGCUCCCAUUACGCAAAUAAAAUCAGUCAAUCAUGUUGUUCUGAUAGGAGUAAUGCUUGUGUCUAUUGGCAUCACUCUGGCCAUAUCGGCCUUUCAUCCUCUAAUAUUGUUAGAGCAUCCACAAUGCCAACGAGCCGGCUAGAGGAUCGGCGACGGCUAGCUGGUCUGCGUGAACCCAUUGCGUCCGGCGAGCCGAUCGGCGUGUACCCGCCGAUCUAGCCGGAACCACUAGUCGGUCGGCUAGCCGCCAUUGCAGGCGACAUUUCGGCGAGCGUUAGGCAGGCAACCGGUUUUUUUUUUUU